UUUGUUUUAUUGUGUCUUAUAAACUACUAUAUUUUACUUAAGCAACUUUGAAAUAUAAUAUGCAUGCAUAAUAAACUAUAAUUUGACAAAAAGCUUUUAAUACAAAGUUAAUAGCAGUAUAUUUCCAGUACGCAUUUCAGGUUUGCAAAGCAUUGUUAACAAAAAAAAAAAAUGAGGGAGAAACAUAUUUAGGAGCAUUUGUUGCCAUAAAGAGAUGAGUAUAAACUACAGUGUGUUUCAAAAAAUGUGGGAAAUACUGUUAUUUUUACGCAGUUUUCAUUAAUUAGUAAUGUAGGAAAAGACAGAUAUUAAAAUGUGAAAUUUAGUAAAUACACAUUAUGUAUAUUUUGUACAGGGAAGUAGAUGAAGCAGCAUAAGGAAAACUGAACCGGAAACCUUAACCGGAUUGCGUUCAUAUUCUGACUUCAUCUGCUUUACUUUGUAAACUACGUAUCAUUAAUACAGAGAUAACUGAGUUUAUUUUAAUACUACUGUUUGUAAAAUAUUAAGGCACUCUUAAAGGUUUCUACAAUGUUUUGUCGAGCUGUUUAAUGACUGAAAUAUUGCCACGGGGACUUGCAAGUUGCCAAAAGUAGAAUUUUGUUCUUUUAAGAGGUGAUCUAAAUAUUUGCGUGAAAAAGAUGGACAGUUUACACAGUUCUAUGGAUGUUUUGCCCUCCAGGUCCUCGAACCGGUCACUGAUAACGAUCAAGUCGCGUGCGUUUUUUCCAUAUUCGUCAUCCUAAAAUUUGUCGCGAAAAAAAACCUUGCGCACUGAGUCUGAUGCAUAUGAAUGAAUCUUUUGUGAAAAAUAGCUUCUCGACGAGAAAAAAGAAAGAAAAGUUGCUCGUUUCAGCCUAACGCAGUCCUCAUUUUGCUAGAACUGAAAAUAGAUUGCACCAUAGACCGGCUCAAACCUGGUCAAUAAAGUCAAUAGUGCAAUGGUUAUUCAUUUUUAUUUAAAUAGCAUGUUAGUAGAAAACACAUCUCUGGGCGAGUCCACAAUGUGCAUUCACUUUGCUUUAUUACACACAGGGAUGUGCAGCAGCAAACAAACAUGUCAAAUAUUACGAAUUAUACUAGCGUAAGUGGAUUGGGAAACAACCUUAGUGCAACUGCGCUUUAGGCCAUGCACUUAGAUCGAGGAGCAGUGCGAUAAUCAUGAGUGAUUCUAAAUUUACUUUGCUCAGUUUGAUCCUUUGCUAGCCAUACUAAAGCCACAUAUUGAUAAGAAGACCACCAGCGUCUGCGACCUCUAUGGUGCUUCGCGCAGCAAGGCAAGGGGGAAGGAACUUGACGAUCUCCAUUCUGGAUUUUGGCGUUCUCAAAAUGCUUGCUACAUAGGCAAAACAAAUGCAAGAAAUCGAACCCGAUUCGAAUAUUUUUAGAACAGACGGAAGUUUCAGAGUCAGUGUAAACGCCAUUAACAGAGCAUUAGGUCGUAUUUAUUUUUCAGCGUGCAAAAAUGUCGGACAAAAACCUUGCCUGUGCGACGGCCUACGGGUUUACAGAUAUUUUGUUUACUGCAAAGAGCGUGCCUUUUCCUGGUUGAGCCAGUUUGGUGGAAAUUAGUGGUUAAAUGUAGAUUCAACUCUAUCAGUCCGAUAGUGUUAAAUCUACAUUUAAACACUGUAAUUUCCACCAAACUGGUACAGUCCGACCAACUAACGGUUAUUCAAGUCUUAGUCAGUCAAAAUUAAAUCAGUCUACCUUUUAUGUAAAUGUCUUAUGACCUGUCUUUAAAACUAUUUUAAAAAUCAGAUGACUAACUUGUAAGACUUGUCUAAGCAGUUUAUGUUACCAGCCAUAGGAACACAAGGAGGUUUUUUUAUAUUAUUUAAUAGCAUAUAUACAAUAAAGCAAUAAAUAUAAUUCAUGUAACAAAUUAAUAUGAUGAUUACGGGUCAUAAAUCUUCAUUCUGCCUUAUUCCUUAUUCACUAUCUCUGUUACUUUAUAAAGUUUUGUGUUGUAGAAACAGAUACACACUUGUAGUUUCAGUUUUGUUUCUGUGGUUUGAGACACAGCUACAGUGUAAAUAUUCAGUGGGUAAAAACAAGGCAGAGCAUCAUUCCUACGAGAUCUCUGAGAGAAAACAGACAUGACGUCGCGGUGGAACAGUUCUUUACAGAAGAAAGCAAGCGAUCUUCACGGUGACACCUGGAACAUUGAAAAUGAUCAGACUAUUGAGGAACACGGUCAAGCUCCUGAUUGGCACCAGUACAUUUCUGGCUCCUUUGCAGAGUUCAAGUGUUCUCUUUGUAGAAGAACCUGGGGGUCUAGUAGGGUGCAGGUGGUGUUUCAUUUCCAGCUGAACAGUGAAAGCAGACAAGGAACCAUUAAACUGCGAUGCUACAAACAGGAGUGUAGGACGUGCAGUGACGCUGAGUGGGAGGAUCCAAACUUCUCAGUGGAAAACACUGAUGUGCUGGUUGAGAAACUAGUUAAAAAUAUCCGCAGGAAAUGCUAUCAAGAACACAUGGGCGAAUGGAGGAUACCCUCGGUGAUGGAUGGCAGACACAAUGGGCCGCAUGAAAGUGCUCACUGUGAAGCCUGUCAACUUGGCAUCUGCAGUCAAGCCAACUGAGAUUGAUUUCAAUGCUCAAAUCUUCUAAGUGACCAGAUCAUUGAAAGCAUUUGUAAUACUGGCAAAAAUUAAGUACUUGUUUUAUUAAUUUUAUUGGAUGACUUCUACUCUUUUGUUGAUCGGUUAUUGUAUCGUACUUUAACUGAAUUCACUGCAGCCCAGCUUAAUGUAAAACAGUAGGCUACUACACAAACCACCAUAUUUUUAUUGUGGGUUUUACAUCGCAUAUAUUGUGCUUUGCAUGUUUUAGCUUCUGUAUUCUGGGAUGAUAAAAUAAAUGGAAAUUUUGAGGUCAAA